UGUAAUCUUUCAGGUCUAAUGCUGAAUUUUAUUUAAAGCAAUGGUAGUAUAAGCCGUUUGGCCUUGGUGAUAGGAGGGGGUAGCAUCUGGCAGUUUGCAGACAGUGCGAGGAUAAACAUUAAAGUAAGACUUUAGGAGCAAGUGUUCACGUUCAAAAGUCUGAGGCACCGGCCCGAAUUGAAGUAAACACUUUUACGUCAGGUAACUUGUAUUUGUAACAACUUCUUACUGAGGGUUGGACAGAAUAUGGCAGUGUAUAAAGAUGCAGUUGUUAUUGGUAACGGACCAUCGGCUAUCACUUUAUCAUAUCUUUUGGCUGGUAACAUGCCUUACUACACUGCACAAAGCCAUCCAGUUGGUUUCUUACACUAUCGUUUGGAAGGUUUACAGCAAUCCAUUGUGGACAUGGAUCUGCAGUGGCUGAGUGAAGGACUAGAAGGCCGGUCCAACAAUCCUGUGUCUCUACUCUUUGAUGCUCUCAGUCAUCCCGAUGCUGACCUGGGUGUGGAGCAACCAUCAGUACUGAGCUGGUAUUAUCAACCCAGCAAGAAGAUUGACCAUGUGGUGUUAGGAAAGGGACCUCCUGGUGGAGCAUGGCAGAAAAUGGAAGGAGGGACAUUGACAAUCAGCCUUGGAUCUUGGAUGGAGCUGCCCAGCCUGCCUUUUAGAGAUUGGAAUACAAUGCGAUACAGAGACAGAACCUGUAUCCCUGGAAUUCGACAGAAUAGAGCUUCUGUUGGAAGUGUAGCUCGGUAUUACAGAGACUACGUAGACAUAAUGGGUCUUGCUGACUUUUUUGUUAAUUAUACAACAGUAACUUCAGUACAACAAGUUGGAACAGACUGUGAUGGAGAAAAGUUAAACCCAGGGGUUAGUCAGCUCUAUCCACUGUGGGAAGUACAAGGUCAAAAGGUUGAACAGUGUCAGGACACUGGAGAAAUGAAGACUGUAGGUUUUGGUUAUGUAACACCACAUGUUAUAUUAGCAACAGGUAAUUCAGAUCAGCCAAACCACCUAAGUGUUCCAGGAGAGAAUCAGCCCUUUGUUAUCCACUCUCUUCUUCACUUGGAGAGACUUCUGUUACGAGGCCAGUUAACACCUGAAUCUGGAACUCUUCUCAUUGUUGGAGCGGGUCUCAGUGCAGCAGAUGCUAUUAUUGCUGCUCGUUUUCAUGGGAUAUCAGUUGCUCAUGUUUUUCGCAGGCAUGUAGAUGACCCUGAACUUAUAUUCAACAAACUUCCCCAAAAUAUGUACCCUGAAUAUCACAAGGUAAAUCAGAUGAUGGCAGACCAGUCAAAUAGUUAUGGAGGUUAUAAGUGUUAUCCAGCUCACAGAGUGACAGCUAUCCUUUCAAAUCAUGAGGUGGUUCUUGAAUCCAUCAACUGUGGGAACAAAUGUGUAGUCCAUGCAGUGUAUGUCUUGGUUCUAAUUGGAAUGCACCCUGACUUAUCUUUUAUGCCAAAUUCUGGCAACAGUAUUGGUGUUGUGCCAAGCAAACCUGUAAACUGUAAGACAAACCAUAUUGACAUUCAUUCAUAUACACAUGAAACUGUUUGCCACCCAGGAAUUUUUGCAUUAGGUCCUCUUGUAGGUGACAACUUUGUUAGAUUCGUACAGGGAGGAGCUCUUGCUAUAACUAGUUACCUUCAUAAAAAAAGGAAAAUAAAACAUUCCUUGUAGUGAGUAACUGUUUCAAGAAAGUAGUUUUUUUUUAGAUUUAUUAUAAGUUUAUGUUCACUGUAAUAAGGUUCUUCAGGUAGUCAUCAUGUAAUCCCAUCAGUAGUGUCCCUUCAUAUAAUAGCUGUUACAUGUAUUCCACUACAGCAGAAAAGCAAUGUGCUUCAUCACUUCGCUGAAGUUACUUUUUUUUUUUCAAGAAUCAUUGUAAUCACUGGUGUUUCUGUGUAGCUCUGUAUGAAAAUAGUUGUGAUUUUUCCCACCAAAAUAGGAAAGUUGUGCCUCAUCAUAUUUCAUCAUCAACCAUAAUCCAUCAAAGAUGUCUAUCAUCCACAAAAAAAAAAAAACGUGUCCACCAUGAUAGCCCAAAGUUAAGAAUCACUGUCGUCUGUGUAGAUUUGGUACAGCUCUGUAUGAGAAUAGCUGUGAUUUUUCCAAUAAAAAAUAACAAAGUUGUGCCUCUUCAAGCUUCAUCAUCAACCGUACUUCAUGGAAGCUGCCUACCAUUCACAAAAACUAGUGUCAGCCAUGUUAGCCCAAAGUUAAGAAUCACUGUCACAGCUCUGUAUGAGAAUAGCUGUGAUUUUUGCAAUCAAAAACAGCAAAUUGACAGCAAGUAAAUACACAAUACUGUGUAGAGUAAUAUAAAAUAAAGUUUAUAUCCAUAUAAGCUUCUCGUUUUGACAAAAGUGGGUGUAAACUUUAUUUUAAAAAUAGCAAAGGUGUGCCUCUUCAAGCUUCAUCAUCACUCAUACUUCACCAAAGCUAUUUAUCAUCCACAAAAAUUAGUGUCAACCAUGUUAGCCCAAAGGAUAACUGUCAACUAUGUUUCUACAGUGCAGCUGUAUUGUCUAAGAAAAAAACAGCUUCAAAUGUAUUUUGUUAAAGUUCUAUGUGUGGUCUAUGAAACAAAGUUUUCACCAAACUAUUCUUUCUUCUUCUAAUAUAAUUGUAAACUUUGUUUACUAGUCUUGUCUUGUUGUGAAAAUUGCUAUAAACCAUGUUCUUUUAGCACAGAAUUUUUCAAGGUUUCUGCAUUAAUAUUUGUCAACUAUUCUUUAUCAUUUUAGUAAUGACUAGCUUCUUUUUUUCUUUACAAGGGUUACCACCAUUAUUGUUCCUCUAUAGCAUUUUUUUUGCCUGUUUUUGUUCAUUGUUAAGCCAAAUUUUUCUGAUUAAAAAAAAGAGUAUUCUUCAAGAAUAACUAUUAUUUAUGUUUUUGAAUUUUUAGUAAUAAUAAGUUUUUUGAAGAACUGUCAGUUUUUUUAUAAUGCAGGAAAGUAACUUGUUAUCUGACAUGAUGACAAAAACUUGUCUUUUAAAAUCUGUUGGAUCCAACUUUCUGAUAACUACUCAUUGGUUUGGAAGUACCUCAGUGUUUUUGGUCAAUAACCUUCAAGAAAAAUUAUUAUUAAUGAUGGUAAAAGUGUAUGAUAUUAGUUUGCAUGUAUUUUUCAUACACAUCAGUAUUGUUGGCAUCAACUAAAUAUUUUUCUAAAAUAUUUUUGUAUUUAGAAAUGUAUAGCAAUAGAAGUGUACUCCAUGUCAAAACUGAAUAUUUUGUUUUUAUUGAGAAUUUCAACCUUUCAAAGUUUAUAACUGGUGGGCCUAUCAGUGGGUCAGCAGUAAGUGUUUGGAUGUACAGUGCUAAAAUCUGAAGUUUGAUUCCCUGUGAUUGUCAGAGUGCAGGUGGGCCAUUUAUAAUUUAUAUAUAUAUAUAUAUAUAUAUUGGAUCAACUUUUUGUUUAACUUUGCUUUUAUUAUUUGUUACUAAUAGUGAAAUUCUCCUUAAAAAAAUGCUGGUACCUACUUUUGCCUGGAACUAGUUAGCCUCAAAGUGUAUGAAGUAUCACAUUUUCAGCAAGGUAACUCUUCCUUUUCAUGCACUGUUCAAACUGAACCGCCAAGGAAUAAUAAAAAAAAAAAGUGGUAUUUUACUUGGAAUUUCAAAAUGAACUGGUACUAGCAGAAGUUUACCAAUGUUUGUUAUUAUUAUUGUUAUAUUUUUGGUAUUAUUGUAAUGGAAUUUUUAAUUUUUUGUUAUGUUGAUCAGCUAAGAAUGUAAAACAAGAAGAAAGAAAUGUAUCAUUUUACUUUCAUUCCAUUAAUCCUUUCAGUAUGGGUUUUAUAUUCUUAAAAUAGAAACAAUGUAAUUAUGUAUAAAUGACUUAGGAUACACAAGGCAUGCUUUUGGGAUCCUUGAAAAUUUUCCCACACACCCUUUUUGAAAUGUGUGUAUAGAACAGAUGUUUAUGGAAAAAUUUUAUAUAUACAUAUACACACAUUUAAAGGUGAAAAUAGUGCAAGAACAUCUUUUAAUCAAAUUUUUAUUUUUCAACCAAUCCUACUCAAACAUACUCUGAGAUAAACAUAACCCAACAGUACUAAAAUGGUUAAAAUAAUAAAAUUACCAUGAGAACCAAGAUUAAUUUGUCAAAUUUAAUGUUAAUUUGUUACAUCUUAUAAUGUUAACUAUUGAAAAAUUCCAGUAAUAAAAAGUUAAUAUUUCAAUAUGGUCUUGAAGUUUCUAUGAACCUGUAGAGCCCAUGGUUGUAGUUAUAGUCUUUUCAGUUCAAAAUUAAUAUAAAAGUAUUCCAGAAAAAAAAUUUAUAUAUAUAUAUAUAUAUAUAUAUAUAUAUAUAUUGAUAUAUAUAUAUAUAUAUUUAUUUUGUUAUAGUGUUAAAUGCCAAGAAGUGGCAAAACAGUGGAACAAAUAAGCAUAAUAAUCAUGAUAAAAGUCAUGCGAGAAUGUAUGUGCUUUUUUAUCACAUUCCUUGUAAUUAUUCCAUUACAUGUUUCAAAUCAAAGGCAUGUAAAUAUGUAACAUUAUUCUUUCACAUUAUUAACAGUUUUUGUUUAUAAUUCAAACUUACCUUUUUAAAUAAGGUUUAUAUUGACUUGUAAAAAUUCAUGAUUUCAGAAAAUACCUAAUGGUGCAAACAAAUUUUGAAUUAAAUUACCAAAGGUGACAGAAGUAAUAAAGAUGCAAAGAGUCAAGGAAGAGCACUGGACACAUAUCAGAAACUUUUUCUUUAGGGAUAUAAAGCUCAAAUAUUUUGUUGCUGGGAUUUUGUAAAUUAGGGUUUGAUAUGCUAAUGUUCAAUGUUGAACCAUUCAAGUUUAAUACUAAUUUUUUCAUCUCUGGUUGGUUGAUAUUUUAAAAAUUUGAAUACUUAUGCUUGUAUAUAGAUAUUUUUAUUUUAUUUAUAAAUAACCAUUACAGCUAAGCCUAAAGAAUUUUAGAAAUGGGAUAACUAAGCUGAAAUUUUUAACACCUAUAGUAACUAUAAUCAUGGUGUUCCAUGCAUAUAUCCCCAAUAUUGAGUUGAAUGUAAGUUGUUCAAUACUAUCCUAAUUAACAAGCUUAAUUUAUUAUUCCUAAAGCCUAUUUCUGAAAUUAAGUUGCAUAAAUUUAUGAAACUUUAAAUAUGAUUACUAGUACAGGGUAGGUCAGCAAAUAGAAGACAAUGCAUAGAACAAUGCAGUCUAAAUAUUUAGUAUAGAAUGAAGUUAUAUAUAUAUAUAUAUAUGUAAAUAGGUGUAUUUACAUGCUAUUUUUAACAUACAUCCAUUCAUGGACAUGAAUGGAAACCCAAAAUGUAAGUUGUGAUGGUAUUUUCUCUAAAAUUAUCUGGUCAUGAUUAGUUGUUAUCCACAUUCAAGUUUUGUUUUUUGUUGAAUUUCACACAUAGCUACUCAAGGAUUAGCUGUGCAUACAGUCAAGUAACUGUUAUAUUUUUCUCUUUUUUUAGAUGAAUCUUACUGAAAAAGAACAAAAAAACUUAAGGUAAUGUAAUAUAUUCAGUAGUAAAAAACAUUACCAUAUACUUACUGUAAUAGUUAAUUGAAAACUAAUAUAUGUACAUAAAUGUAUAGAAAUUUGAAAAGCAAUGCACCAUUCAGUGCUCUUAGAAAUAUGGUUUAAAACAAGUAUGCUUGUUUCUGUUAAAUCUUCAAAACUUAACAAAAAAUUAUCAUUUUAAAAUCAAUAAUAGAUUGUGAUUUAGAACGAAAGUCUAUGUAUUACCUUACUGAGUUACAAUGUAAAUGAAAUAAAGUUACUUGCAUGUGUUCA